GUGCACCUUCAUCUGAUGACGUCUUGCUGCUGUCACUUCUGCUCCAGGACCCGUGUGGUUCUUAGACAACGGUGUCCUUUUCGAGAAACAGGAAGUGCUAAAGUUAAAGCACCUCCAAAGAUAAUUGAUACGGGGGGAGGGUUCUUUCUGGAAGAAGAGGAGGAGGAGGAACACAAGAUUGAGAAAAUUGUGCAUCAGCCAGGACCUGUAUUAGAAUUUGACUACCUUAUUUGUGAAGAAUGUGGCAAAGAGUUCAUGGACUCAUACCUCAUGCAGCACUUUGAUUGGGCAACAUGUGAUAACUGCAGAGAUGUUGAAGGUAAGCAUAAGCUUAUAACAAGGACUGAGGCAAAGCAAGAGUACCUUCUUAAAGAUUGUGACCUAGAUAAGAGAGAACCAAUGCUCAGAUUUAUUUUGAAGAAAAACCCUCAUAAUUCACAGUGGGGUGACAUGAAACUUUACUUAAAAUUACAGGUAAUAAAGCGUUCACUUGAAGUUUGGGGUAGUGAAGAAGCAUUGCAAGAAGCAAGAGAAACCCGUCAAGAUAAUAGAGAAAAGAUGAAACAGAAAAAGUUUGAUAAAAAAGUUAAAGAGCUCCGUCGAGCUGUUAGGAGCAGUGUGUGGAAAAAAGAAACAAGUGCCCACCAACAUGAGUAUGGACCAGAAGAAAACAUUGAAGAAGAUAUGUACAAAAAAACAUGUACUAUAUGUGGCCAUGAAUUAACAUAUGAGAAAAUGUAAUAGUUCCUGAUGGAUUUUACAGAAAAUGCACCUUUUGUAUGUUAAUAUUUUGUAUCAAGUAAAAUAAAAGUGUAAAUUUGUGUGGGA